AUGGGUUCCCUUUGGUCAUUUACCGCUUGGGGCAUAGAUAUAAUUGGACCAAUAGAGCCUCCUGCAUCAAAUGGACAUCAUUUCAUCCUUGUGGCUAUCAAUUAUUUCACAAAAUGGGUCGAAGAUAAUGCAGCCAAUCUCAACAGUGAUCUUAUGAAGGAAAUUAAUGAGCGAUUUAAGAUUGCUCAUCAAAAUUCCAUAACUUAUCGUCCACAGAUGAAUGGAGUAGUUGAAGCUGCAAACAAGAAUAUCAAGAAGAUUUUAAGGAAGAUAGUGGAUAGUCACAGACAAUGGCAUGAGAAGUUACCAUAUGCUCUGCUUGGUUAUCGUACCACCAUCAGAACUUCCACUGGGGCAAAUCCUUAUAUGUUGGUUUAUGGUUCAAAAACAGUAAUGCCUACUAAAGUAGAAAUACCAUCUUUAAGGAUUAUUCUAGAGGUCGGUUUAGAUGAUGUAGAAUGGAUUUGCAGUAGGAUUGAACACUUGAUUCUCAUUGAUGAGAAAAAAAUAGACGCAGUUUGUCAUGGUCAACUCUAUCAGAACAGAAUGGCCAAAGCAUUCAACAAGAAAGUCAAACCUCGAUAG